AUUUAUGCAAGAGUUGCUGAUUAAGUUAUUCAAUAUUGUAAAAAAAUUAAGCAAAUUAAUUAGAUUUGUGAAGAGGAUCAGACCAAAUAGAAGUUUUAUAAAUGCAAUAAUACAUGCGAAUAGUUAAAAUUAAUCACAGAUAUCAUAAUUAAAAAGCAAUCGGAAUUCUUAAGUUUGGAAAAGCAAUUACAGAAAUAUGAAUCUGAAGUCAGAAAAAACAUUAGAGUAUUUUAAUAUUUUUAAUUUAUAGGAUUAGUAUCUGAUGCAAUAAUAAUAGGAUGAUUUGUAACAAAAAGUAGAAGAAUUAGAAAAAUCAAGAAAUGAAUUUUUAAACAACACCAAGAAUACUAUUAUUGUAAUCAAUCGAUUUAAUCUUAGAAAUUGAAAAGAGAAAAUGAAGAAUUGUAUUAAAAAUGUAAAUCCUUAACUGCUUAAUUAUAAAAAAUUGAUAAUUAAGUAUAUUCAUAAAUCAUCAAUAUUUUAGUCAAUUAGUAAAUAUUCGACGGUAGAGAAUACAAUUACCAAUAUCACUAAUACUCUUGAUUAAGCUAAAUUAAGACCAAAAACAAAUACAACACCUUAGAAAUUGAAAACAGAUGUGGAUACUUCUUAAAAAAGAUUAAGUCAAUAACUAAUUAAGCCCAAUUAUUUUCAAAAAAAACAAUCGACACAGAUAUCUAUAUAAAAUAAACGACAAUCCUAUUAAUAUAUGGAAAAUCAACUAAAUUUAACAACUAGUAUGUGA